AUGGGCAACCCAGACGCAUUGCGCCUGGGAUCAGCCAUGCACCUCUCCAGCUUCCUAACAGAAGUCCUGUUGCCCCAUGACAUCAUCGAGGCGGUCAUGUCCUCAGACACCCUGCAUGCUGCCUCCAUAUUGGACGCAAUGAGUCUGGCUGCCCAUCUGACACAGCAGCAGUUCCUGGCAGGGGUUCGGGACCACCCCUUCUUCACACCGGAACUCCCUCCCGAGAUGGCAUGCUGCUGUGCGGCCCUGUCCUCCCCUCCUGCAUGUGCGGUGCUGGAACGGUUGCGUGGCUCCGCCAGCCCCCUGCUGCAAGCAUUCGACGCACUGCUGCACGCGCUGAAGGAGGCGGCUGGUGGGCUGCAGAGGCAUGCCCUGCUCCUGACCUGCCUGGUGCCGGCCCUGCAGGCGCUGUCGUCUGCCGCCAGUCCCCCGGACCUGCUCGCCGCAAUCCCCGGGGUGUGGCUCAGGCUGGGCGUGAUCGCCAGGCUACAGGGCCGCCGCUUCGCGCCCCGCCUCCUUCCCCUGGCCCAAGCCUGCGGGCGCGCCCUGGUCGCGGCCAGCGUCGGACUGGCGCCCGAGGGCGAGGCGGGCCUGAGGGAGCAGGUCGAGGCCUGCGCUGCCUGGGCCCGGGAGGGGGCCGCCCACUUCCCAAGGGGCGGGCCGCUGGCCCUCGCGGCCUCCUUGCAGCCGGUGGAGGAGCAUGCCACGCGGUGCGGCCAGCGGCUGCGCGUCGCCGCCUGCGUCGCCCAGUACGAGGGCCUGGAGGAGGCACUGGCGCCCUUCCUGCACGGCAGAGCGAGCGGGCUGGAGCUUCUCAGGAGGAUAAUAGCCGGCCUCGCUGCCGCCCUGCAGCCGGCGCAGGGCGCCGCGGUAAGGCCCUGGCCAGAGGCGUACCGCGGCGUUGAUGCUGCCGUGGGAGAGCUGGACCGGCGCCUGGCUGCCCUCGGCGUGGCACCCAAGCCCUGCUACCUCCCCGCCCAGCUCAGCCUCCUCGCGGCCUGCGCCCAGCGUGCUCAGCAGGGCUGUCCUCUCAUGUCUGCCCUGGACCAUGAGGUGCAGCAGUGGCAUGCCAGGCUGGAGGAUGAGGUGCAUGCCCUGCUCCUCGGCGCCACCCGCUCGCCGGACUCUUCUCGAGCCCGCUGGCCCGGCCUGGGACCCCGGCUGUGCGCUGUGCGCGCUGCGCAGACCAGGGUGGAGAUUCUCUGGCGAGCCUGGCGGCGCGUGCGUCGCCGGCUGGACGGGCCCCGGGGCAUGGCCGCCGCCGCGCGCUCCGGCGCGGCGGUGGAGGCGGCGCUGGCGGCCCUGCGCCUCGCGGCAUCCGGCCUGGUCGACGAGUGGGCACGGCAACUGGAGCGCCAGCUCCCGGGGCUCCAGCAGGACCUGCAGGGUAGCGUGCUGCAGCGUGUGCCGGCCACAGGCGUCCUGCAGCCCGGCCUGGGCCCUGACAGCAGACGGCUGAUAGCCGAGGCAGCCGGCCUGGUGGUCAUCGAGGCACCGAUUGCCAUAAUAACAGAGGUCCGCGUCGCGGUGCCGGGGGCGCUGGAGGGCCUGAGGGCGGUGCGGGGGGCGUUACACGCCGUGCACGCCGCCAGGCGGGAGGCCGCCCCAUUCCCGGCCGCCUGCCGACGGGCGGCCGCGGCCCUGGACCGGCGACUGCUGGCAGGGGUGGGGGCGCUGCGGUGGUCGUCCCCGGCGCACCAGCGGGCCUUCUGGCUCAGGGACGUUGCAGACCUGGCUGCCGCGCUGGGGGCCGCCGCUUCAGCCGCCCGUGCCAUGCGCGGGGCCGGCGAGCCGGCAUGGGGCUCCCUGGCACGCAUGGGCUUCCUCCCCACGGGCAGGGAUCCUUACUCUCAGGAGGACCUGCAGCGGCACAUCGAUCGCCUACAGGAGUGCAUCGAAGACGGAACCCGAGCCGUGCAGGACGCGCUGAGUCAGCAUGCAGGGUCGGACCCCGACAUGGAAGGCCUGGCGCAGGAAGCCAACCUGGCAUACUGUGGGGUUGUGGAGGGGAUGGUGGACAGGGCGUGUGCUGCGAUUGCUGCCGAGCGCCUGGCACCGAAGGGGGGAGAGACAGUACGGGACGGGAGGGGGAGGAUGACAUUGAGCUACGGUGCCGUGCAGGGGUCCCAGAACCGCUUUGAAGGCACCAUCUGA